UUUUUCUUUCCCUCAAAAAAAUAAUACUCGGACACAGCCCUUUCUUUGACAUUACAGAUUAAAGGAAAAAAAAUAAUGAAAUUCUCGCUUGCUUUAUUGGCCGUUCUCGCUUUGUCUACCAGUUCCGUCAUGGCGGCUGGAUGCGAUUGUGAUCCUUCUGAUAACGAUUGCUUGACCACAUGUGUCGGUACCACUGGCGAUUGUAUCCAACAGUGUCAGGGAGAUACCAACUGUUAUGACAGCUGCAUUCAAUCGCACUGGCCUGGUCAAGACCAAGGAUCCUCGACGGCUGCACAACCUACUGCCACGGUUGCACCUUCGGGUGCAGCUUCAGACAAUCCAUCGGCUUCGCCUACCGCCACAGGCGCUUCCGAGUCACCUGUCGCUUCCAAUGACCCGGCUUCUUCGGCGCCACCCACUCCGGUCGUCACAAACGAUCCAUCAUCAUCACCUUUGCCCGUCCAAUCCAGCGAUGUGCCGCCAGCUCAGUCUUCGCCAGCUUCCAUUCCCGCGUCGGGUUCCUCGGUCCAGCCCAGUGGAAAUGUUGCACCUACGACUAAUCCUUCCACCUCUCAACCCGCUCAAGAAACUCCCGAUAACGCAGCAGGCUAUGUUUUGCCUGCUUACGGUAUCACCGUUUUGGCGGCUGUCGCGGGUUUGAUCCUUCAAUAAUAAAACAAGAUUACGCCGUUGUCCCUCACUUUCUUUUUCUUAUACUCCCUCUUUUUUUUUAUAUCACCAAUCAUUGAAUAUCCCUUUUUUUCAUCACCCUUUCUUUUUUGUGCGUGAUGCUUUUUGAAAAACCAUGAAAUAAAAAAUCAUAUAUCUUUAUAUCUGUUA